UGCAUGUACUUCGCGCAUAGGCCCUACCAUAAUACGAACCCUAGCCAGUACAAAUUGAUGUGGAUUUCUUGAAAAACGUUCAUUUUGGAUGUGUCAUGCCAUAAAUUUUUGGCAUACAGGCCUACUUGGCUUUAUGAACACAGCGGUGGACAUUGGCGUUGCCAGGAUUCUUCCAGCCUCCAGGGGGAACGGUCACGACGGUGGGUUAAAGAUAACGGACACUCACCUGGACCUAAUUGAGACCAAAGGUUCAUCUGCUUUAACUGCAAAGACGUUUAUGCUUGCCAUUGACAAGACAAUCAUUGUCAACAGAUCAAUCCCAUCACCCUUCCAGGCUCUGUGCAUGCUUGUGGCUGCCUUCUUCAACUUCAAUGCGGAGUAUCCAGGCAUCCGAAACAAGCCACUCUUGAACCUGUGCAGCGCUGUCUCCUUGGUAUCAAUCCUGAAAGGGGUACGAAAGCUAAGAGAAAGAGAGAGAAGGGGCGUGCAGUGCACACUGCCAACAGCAAGGUGCUCUCUUUCGUGAAUGCCAUCAAGGACUUUGAAACCGACUGGACAUUUUAAGUAAGACUUGACUGAGGUACAUUAAAUCCUGGCACAUAUCAGAGCUAUUUGUUUUGUCAAAAUUCAUUUUGCCAUAUUUCCAUCACAUGGGGAAAGCCAACAUCUAAAGUGUUCCAUAUUUAUUUUGAUUUCCAGACACCCAGUAUGUGUCAGGUAAUCAUCUAGAUCCCACAUUGUCAAAGGUACUUGUAAAUGUAUUUUUUUUAUAUAAGACAUCCAGUGUGUGUUAGUAAAGUGCUCGAAUCAGACAUGGGCAAAAGGAACAAGUGAAAGUCAUUUUUGGAGGUUUUUUCGACCCCCCCCAGUGUCAGCAAAUAAUUUCAAUCUCACCAAGAAAAGGUACAUGUAUUUUUUUAAUACUUUUUUAUUUCAGUCACCCAGGAUGUGUGAAGAUAUUUUGUCUUUCUUUCAUGGAGCAAAGUCCAUGUAAAAUGCUUUUUAUAUUAGUUAUCAGACACUGAGUGUGUGUCAGCUUAGGAAGGGGUUCCAGAAUUUUAAAAAGUACAAAAUUACGUUGUUUUUCCUCUAUUUUGAUCUUCAGACACAGGUUAGGUAAUUAUUUCAAUGCCACGUGGUUGAAGAUACUUUUUUUUCGUCAUAUUUGUUAUCAGACACCGAUUGUGUGUCAGGAAAUCUUUCCAGAAAUUAAAAAAACUAAGGUUUAUAGAAAACAUUUUUUUCUUUUUUUUAUUUUCAGACACCCAGUGUGUCAAUCAAACAUGGUCAUGUUUUAAUUCAGUCACCCAGUGUAAGUUAAGAAAACUGUUCCAGUAAUGAAAAAAGUACAUGGAAAAUGUGUUUUUUCUUUGUGUGGAUUUUGAAGCACCCAUUGUGUGUCAGGUAAUUAUUUCGAUCCAACAUGGCCAAAGGUAAUUUUAAUCUUUUUUUUCCAUAGUGGUUAUCAGUCACCCAGUGUGUCAGUAAAAUGCUCAAAUCAGACGUGGACAAAGUUCUUGUAAAAUGUAUUUUUAUACUCAGACACCAAGUGCUGUCAGGAAACAGUUCUAGAAAAAAGUUCAUGGAAAGCAUGUUUUUCUUUUCUUUUAUUUUUGACUUUUACACACCCAGCGUGUCAGGUAUUUAUAUCAAUCCCACAUGGUCAAAGGUACAUGCCUUGUUUUAAAUUUUGGUUUUUUAGACACCCAGUAUAAGUUAAGAAAACUGUUCCAGUCAUGUAGAAAAGUACAUGGAAAAUGUAUUUGGAUUUUGAAGCACCCAGUGUGUGUCGGGUAAUUAUUUCUAUUCGACAUGGCCAAAUGUACUUUCAUAGUGGUUAGCAAACGCCCAGUGCGUGUCAGUAAAUGCUCAAAUCAGAAACGUGUUUCAGGCAUGGAAAAAGUACAUGUAAAAUGUUAUUUCUUUAUUACUUUACUUUUCAAACAAUUUAUUUUUUUCUUAAUUUUAGAGUCUCAGUGUAUGUCAGCAUAUUUCAAAUUAACAUUUUUCCUGUUCUUGCCUCCACUUUUGGGCUUGUAAAAAUACAGUUAGAAAGAGAUUAAAAUACGGUUCCUUGAUGUGUUGUGGUGUUUCUAAUUUUACUGACGUUGUGUGUAAAAAUAUUAUAAAAACAUGCAAAUUGACUGACAUUGCUUUGUAAAAAGUAAUACAUAUGAACUGUUUAAUCCUAAAACAACCGCUAGUUCAACAAAAAAUUGUUCAGAUCAAUGGAAAAAACAAGCAUGAAUUGCAAGAACAAAUAA